AUGCAAACAUCAAUAAAUACCGUUGAUUAUGACAACUUAAACAUUAUUACACAUCCACCGCCACCACGACGUCGUCAAAGUGGCAUUUCAUUAAUCCCAUAUCGUCCAUAUGUUAAAUCUUUAAGCAGUGUACGACAACCAUUUUCACACACGAAUGGUAUCGGUGAAUGGGAAGUUAUGGGUAAAGAUGAAAUAUAUUUUACACAAUCCAAUGCAAGAUGUAUUGGAUCAUUACUGACUGAUUGUCACAUAUCAGAUACUAUUCGAUGGGAUAUCGAAGGAGAAUCAACUCGUUUACCAAUGAUGUGUAAAUUAUGGAUGAUCGUGGAUGGUGCUGUUGUUGAACGAGGAAAACCACAUUUAGUUCAAGAUGCAGCUAUACAAGUAUAUACUGCAGGUCGUAAUCUUCGUACAAUAAUUGCAGCACAAAAACGUCAUGAUGAAACAUCAUCAACAACAACAAAAAAAAUUAAUCGACAUCGUCGUCAAUCAUGGCAUGAACUUAAUGAGUAUCACAGUGUAUCUUAUUAUCAAUAUACACGUCCUGUUCGUGCAGAAUUUCAAGCAAGUAUCCAAUGUGAUCUUGACAAUGAAUAUUUUACAAGUAAACAAGAAAUAUUUCAUAAUGCUAACGAACAAAUAGUUCAUGAGAAUGAUAUAAAUGAUUUUCAUUAUGAAAAUGCUCGAGAAACAGUACAUAAUAUAUCAAUACCACAAGAACGUGCUCAGAUAUCAAUUACAACACAAACGGAAAGUCCAUUUAAGAAUCAAUCGACAUCAAUUGAUUAUCAAUUUAUUCGAAUGUUUAAUCUUAAUUUAGAAACAAAUCAAAUACUUUUAUCAUCUAUAGUUAAUCCAUAUCAUCGUGCUUCAACAUCAAAUGAUUUUUCUGACAUUAUAAUUUUUUUUCGUCAUGGUAAACAAUAUAAACAUCAAUCAACAUCAACUGGUGAUGAUUAUCCUCAUUGGUGGUUACGACUUACUACUGAUUUAAUUUUAGCAGAUUUUAUUACAAAUCAAGGUGAGGAGAAGGAGAAAUCUAUAUUACCUCCUUCUCCUCGACAUGAUCAAAGUAUUCAAACAGAAGUAGAAAAGUCAAGACCAUCAUCAGCACGAUCAUCAUCAAUAUCAACACAUUUCGAAUUAAUUAAUGACAUUGAUGAUGAAAAUAAUCCUCAAAGAUUCUAUCCUUUCUCUGACAAUAGUCAAAGAAUUGAUUCUCGUUCAAGUGAUAAUCAAUCUGUUCGUAGUUAUGGAAAUCAUGUUAAACAACGAACAUCAUCAAAACAAUCGGAAGCAGAAUAUAAUUUAUGGGUUACAUCACUUAAUCAACAACAACAUGCUUCAACACCAGACAUUCUUAGUAAUCGAACAGGACGUUAUUCUUCAUCAAAUGAUACAACACAAAUACAAAUAAAAAAUUCUGAAAACACAACAGCAACAACAACUGUAUUAGCAAGUUUACUUGAACGUUAUGAAAAAUCAUUACGUGAACGACAACGAGCUUUUACUAUUAUUAACGAUCAAUUAUUAGACAUUGAUGAUGUACUAAAACAUUAUAAAGACAAAAUAAAAAAUUCCGAACAAUCAAAUACUACAAUGGAAUUUUAUCGAGAUAUGUCGGAUCGAUCAUUAUCAACAAUAACAAAUAUUAUACGAGAUAAAUAUCGAAAAAUGCCUGAAAUAACAAGUGAAGAAAUGAUUCAAGGAUAUAUUCCUUCACCUCGAACAUAUAUUACAAGUUCAACAAUUGUUUCACCAAGAGAACGACAAUCACAUCGUUUAACUCUACCUGAUUAUUGUAGUUUAUGUUUAACAGAUUAUAAUGGAAGUUCAGCAUGGAUUAAAUAUAAUGAAAGAAGAAUUGAACAAUUACAAAAAAGAAUUGAUUUAAUGUUACAAAUUGAUGAUAAUGAAGAAGCUGAAUUAUUAUUAUCAUUAUCAUCAUCAUCAUCAUCACCAAGAUAUUCAACAGUAGCUACUGUUUCACAACGUAUUGAUGAUAUACUUAUGAAAAAACCAAGAUCUCAUCGUUCAUUGAUACUUGAUCAUCAUGAUCGUACAACAGUAUCACCUCGUCGAUAUGACUAUCGUUUACCUUAUCGAUUGAAUCAAUCAUUACCAGCUACACCUCGUCAAUUAAGUCGAAACGGUACACGAUCAACAACACCAGUAUCAAAAUCUGUUCGAAUAUCAACUCGAUCCGUUCCACCAACACCUCGUACACAUCAAUCAUCAUCACCUUCACGACCGAUUGUAUCAAUAUUACGUCGUAGUAGUGUUCCAUCCAAACCUCGACCAUUAAAAUUAGCUGAACCAACACAUGUCUGGCGAAGUAAAGCUGAUGGAAAAUUAUAUUCUCUUAAACCAUUUAGUAUUCCACGAUAUUAUCGUUUAUAUAAUGAUGCUGGUUUUAAAGAAAUGUAUGAUUUUUCUCGUGUACAUGACACAUAUUCAGUUCCAGAUCGAACAAAUACAGAUGAUUAUUCAUCACUUUUAACAAAUUUUGUAUUAGAACAUCAACUACCAUCUCCAAUAAGAAGUGUAGCAUAG